AUGCAAAACACCGGUGAUCUGGAUGAUGAUGAUGGAGCGGGCCUGUCUCUGAAUGCACAAUCUGAAGUAGAUGUGACCCAACUUACUGGGAGGAAGAAGAAAUUGUUUGAGUUGAGACUUAAGAUGAAUGAAGCAAGGAAAUCCAAUCAGACAGAUGUCGGAUCUGAAAAGAAGAAAAUGGAAGCACCAACAGAGACAAAAGGCAUCUCAAAACAGAAAUGGUUGGAGGAGAGGAAGAAAAAGAUUGGGAAACUUCUCGAUGCUAAUGGUUUAGAUAUGACAAAGGCGUAUAUGCUCGAUACUCAAGAAGCAGCGGAAACAAAAUACAAAAAAUGGGAAAAGGAACCUACACCUUCUGGUUGGGAUGUCUUCAACCAGAAGACGUUGUACAACGCAUAUAAGAAACGGACAAAGAACGUUCAGGUUGAUCUAGAGGAGUAUAACAGAAUGAGAGCAGCUGAUCCAGAGUUUUACCGCGAGGCCUCAAGNUUGCAAUACGGGAAGGCUCCAAAAACUUCAAAAGACAAGAUAGAUAAGAUGGCNCAGGAGCUCCANGACAGAGAGCAAAAGNGANAGGAGUUUAGCAGGAGGAGAAAGUUCCGAGAAGAGAAGGAUAUUGAUUCCAUCAACGACAGAAACGAGCAUUUCAACAAGAAAAUCGAGCGUGCGUUUGGGAAAUACACGCUGGAGAUCAAAAACAACUUGGAACGAGGAACUGCAUUACCCGACUAG